GAUACGGCUGGAGAGUGGAGGGAGCAGGAGAUAAGGAUCACGGAAUUAUUGCACUUUCCAGCAUGGAUUAAACCAAAAUUCCAGAAUAAAAUACUGAAGUCUGAGCUAAGAUUAAAAAAAGAGACUGCGCUUCGUUACAAAUGUGUGGCGAGAUACUAGCAAACCGAGCAGUGAUUCGUGUAGGUUGCUGCAUCUUUACGAAUAAACACAUCCUAUUGACUACCGCAGCCUUCCUGGGAUUUCGAGCUGAAUUUUGGGAAAAUCGAACCUUUUGUUUGCUUAUAUGUUGGUAAGGCGAGGGACUCGGAUCUACAAUGAACAGGUUUAUAAAAGAGACUCCUAUACACGAUUCAUUGUUAAGUAAUUGAUUUAAUAUAAUUUUUGCGCUUUAAAAAUGGCUGCUUGACAGAGCUUAAAGAGAGUUGUUAGAUAAAUUACGUUAAAAGCCAAUACUUUUUUUCACCCUGAAUGAUAAAGCGCUGCAAAGGACAGGCGUUGAAUUUCUUGCCUUUCUGACUCGUGCUUGCUUGUUUAUCAUAGAACCGUGUGUUUUCAUGAACGGAAACAUCAGUCUAAUCGUGGGAGAAUUAGUGAAGUGUAAAAUAUCUUUUUAUUCCUAAUGCAUAUUCUAUGAUCCCAGGAAUAAAAUAAAAGCCGCAAAAAGACUUUCACUUUUGUCUUGCGGUGUCUUUUUUUUUUUUUUUUUAAAAACACCUCGUCUAAUCUUACGAAACUCAGAUCGUAUUUGUAUUGCUUGGAAGUGAAGACCUGGAAUUACCUCAUCAAAUACGAUUUACAAAAUAGCAUUAGGGAGUAAUCAUGCCAGUAAAAGCCGAGCCUGUUUUUUAAAGAAAUUCUGGAAUCUUGAAAAAAGAAAGUCGACAGUGCUAUAUUUUUACAAAUAAAUAAAUACAUACAUAUAUAGAAAGCAUGGAUAUGCUUAGAAGAGGACUGCAGCUUUACAAAAGGCAAAAAUACCCGCAUGCUGGAUGGGUCGAUGUCAACAGAUAUUUAUUGCUUUAUGUUUUGUUAUAUCUGGUGCUUCAUGCCGAAGCGUCCCUCCCAAGGUCCUGCGAUAAGAAUUGCCAUUCUGGAAGAUGUUUCAACGGGACGUGCAUCUGUGAUCAGGGAUGGGUUGGAGAGCAGUGUCGUCACUGCCAGGGCAGGUUUAAAUUAACUGAACCUUCUGGAUAUUUAACAGAUGGACCAAUACAUUAUAAAUAUAAAACAAAGUGCACCUGGUUAAUCGAGGGAUAUCCUAAUGCAGUGUUAAGGUUACGAUUUAACCACUUUGCUACCGAGUGUAGCUGGGACCAUAUGUAUGUAUAUGAUGGAGACUCUGUAUAUGCACCUUUAAUAGCAGUGUUUAGUGGUCUUAUAGUCCCAGAGGUGCGAGGGAACGAGACUGUACCGGAGGUAGUUACCACUUCUGGAUAUGCUUUGCUACACUUUUUUAGUGACGCUGCUUACAAUUUAACUGGAUUCCACAUUUUUUACUCAAUGAAUUCCUGCCCCAACAAUUGUUCAGGCCAUGGGAAGUGUACGACAGGUAACUCGAUUGCCAGCAGGGUGUACUGUGAAUGUGACAAAUACUGGAAAGGGGAGGCAUGUGACAUUCCCUAUUGCAAAAACAACUGUGGCAGCCCUGACCACGGAUAUUGUGACCUGACAGGGGAGAAGCUGUGUGUUUGCAAUGACAGCUGGCAAGGUCCAGAUUGCUCUCUAUCAGUCCCUUCUACAGAAUCAUACUGGGUGCUGCCAAAUGUGAAACCGUUCAGCCCGUCCGUCAGCCGUACUUCCCAUAAGACUGUUAUGCACGGGAAAUUCAUGUGGGUGAUUGGAGGCUACACGUUCAACUACAGCUCCUUCCAAAUGGUUUUAAAUUACAAUGUUGAGAGCAGUAUAUGGAAUGUUGUACCAAUUAACAGUGGCCCUCUCCAGAGGUAUGGGCACUCUCUCGCUUUGUAUCAGGGUGACAUCUACAUGUAUGGAGGCAAAAUGGAAACCAGUAAUGGGAAUGUCACAGAUGAAUUGUGGGUAUUCAACAUCCCCAGCCAGACCUGGUCUGCAAAGUCUCCCACGGUGCUGGUGCACGGCCAGCAAUACGGCGUGGAGGGGCACUCUGCUCAUAUCAUUGAGCUGGACAGUGGAGAGGUUAUGAUGAUCCUCAUUUUUGGGUAUUCGGCUGUAUAUGGCUACAUCAGCAAUGUGCAGGAGUACAAUUUAAGGACUAACACAUGGUUAGUGCCAGAGACUAAAGGAGCCAUUGUCCAAGGUGGUUAUGGCCACAGCAGUGUUUAUGAUAGAAUGACAAAAUGUGUUUACGUGCACGGAGGAUACAAAGCUCUCCCAGCAAAUAAGUACGGCUUGGUGGACGAUCUCUAUAGAUACGAAGUUCGAACCCGGACAUGGACAAUCUUGAAGGAAAGUGGGCUGGCGCGGUACCUCCAUUCGGCUGUCAUCGUCAGUGGUGUUGUGCUUGUCUUUGGAGGAAACACACAUAAUGAUACAGCUCUGAGCAACGGGGCGAAGUGCUUUUCAUCUGAUUUCAUAGCGUACGACAUUGCCUGUGAUGAAUGGAAAAUGUUGCCAAAACCCAAUUUGCACAGAGACUUCAACCGCUUUGGGCAUUCUGCGGUUAUCAGUAAUGGAUCCAUGUAUGUGUUUGGAGGUUUCUCCAGUGUGCUCUUGAAUGACGUCCUGGUUUACAAGCUGCCCAACUGUGAGGCUUUCAGAGCAGAGAAGCCGUGCCUCGACGCGGGCUCAGGAAUCCGCUGUCUUUGGGAUGGAGAGCGCUGUGUGUCCUGGGAUCCCCGUCACACCAAUGGCACUUUCCCACGCAUUCAGUGCCCGCAAAAGAAAAUGUCUGCGGAUGACAGGUGUUACAGAUACACUGACUGUGCCAGCUGUACGGCAAACACCAACGGCUGCCAGUGGUGUGAAGACAAAAAGUGCAUUUCAGCAUCCAGCAACUGCACUGUGUCUGUGAAGAAUUAUACAAAGUGCCAUGUGAGAAACGAACAGAUCUGCACGAAGCUGACCAGCUGCAAGAGUUGCUCUUUAAACCUGAACUGCCAGUGGGAUCAGCGACAGCAGGAGUGCCAUGCGCUGCCUGCUCAUCUCUGUGGAGAGGGCUGGAACCAUGUUGGGGAUGCCUGUCUGCGGAUCAAUGCCAGCCGGGACAGCUAUGACAACGCCAAACUGUACUGCUAUAAUCUCAGCGGCAACCUCGCCUCCCUAACCACUUCCAAAGAGGUGGACUUUGUCCUUGAUGAACUGCACAAGUACACUGUACAGAAGAUCUCUCCUUGGGUUGGGCUGCGCAAGAUCAACAUCUCUUACUGGGGCUGGGAGGACAUGUCCCCGUUCACCAACACAACCGUGCAGUGGCAGCCUGGAGAGCCCAAUGACUCUGGGUUCUGUGCUUAUCUGGAGAAGGCCGAGGUGGCAGGUCUGAAAGCCAAUCCGUGCACUGCAAUGGCAGAUGGCUUAAUCUGUGAGAAGCCUGUCGUAAGUCCAAACCAGAAUGCCAGGCCCUGCAAGACGCCAUGCUCCCUGAGAACAACCUGCUCCAACUGCACCAGCCAAGGCAUGGAGUGCAUGUGGUGUAGCAGCGCCAAGCGCUGUGUGGACUCCAACGCCUACGUCAUCUCCUUCCCAUACGGGCAGUGCCUGGAGUGGCAGACUGGAAACUGCCUGCCUCAAAACUGCUCAGGACUCCGUACCUGCAGCCUGUGUCUGGAGCAGCCAGGCUGCGGAUGGUGCAACGACCCCAGCAACACCGGCAAAGGACAGUGCAUUGAAGGCUCAUCAAGGGGACCAAUGAAGGGGAUUGGAAAGCAGGGCCAAGACCUGGUGCUUGAUCAGGGCCUGUGCCCCAAGGACAAAAGCUUUGAAUGGGCUUUUAUUCACUGUCCAGCAUGCCAGUGCAACGGACACAGCACGUGUGUGAACAGCAGCGUUUGUGAACAGUGCAGAAACCUGACCACAGGAAAGCAGUGCGAGGCUUGCAUGGCUGGAUACUAUGGAGACCCUACGAACGGAGGGAAAUGCCAGGGCUGUAAGUGCAAUGGACAUGCAAAUAGUUGCCAUUCGCAGUCAGGAAAAUGCUUCUGCACUACCAAAGGAAUCAAAGGAGACCAAUGUCAACUGUGUGACUCAGAAAACAGGUAUCUGGGCAAUCCGCUGAGGGGAACAUGCUACUAUAGCCUUCUGAUUGACUAUCAGUUCACCUUCAGCCUCCUCCAGGAUGAUGACAAACACUACACUGCUAUCAACUUCAUGGCUAAUCCAGAGCAGCCCAACAAGAAUCUUGACAUGUCUAUUAAUGCAUCAAACAAUUUCAACCUGAAUAUUACGUGGUCAGUUGGUUCAACAGCUGGGACCAUCUCAGGAGAGGAAAUCCCAAUUGUCUCCAGGUCUAACAUAAAGGACUACAGAGACAGUUUCUCCUGUGAGAAAUUCAGCUUCCGAAACAACCUCAACAUCACCUUCUACGUGUACGUCAGCAAUUUCUCAUGGCCGAUAAAAAUACAAAUUGCAUUCUCUCAGCACAACAGCAUAAUGGACCUGGUGCAGUUCUUUGUAACAUUCUUUAGCUGCUUCUUGUCCCUGCUUCUGGUCGCUGCUGUGGUUUGGAAGGUAAAACAGACCUGCUGGGCCUCGAGACGCAGAGAGCAGCUCAUGAGGGAGAGGCAGCAGAUGGCCAGUCGCCCCUUUGCUUCUGUGGACGUGGCGCUGGAAGUAGCAGGAGGAGAGCAAACUGAUCCUCUGCGAGGGCCACUAGAGGGAGCCCCGAAGCCGAUUGCUGUAGAGCCCUGCUCCGGAAACAAGGCAGCGGUGCUGACCGUGUUCAUGCGUCUCCCAAGAGGCUCGUCGGAGGCACCGCCUCCUGGCCAGUCCGGUCUGGCUAUUGCCAGCGCCCUCAUUGACAUCUCACAGCAGAAACCCAUGGACUGCAAAGAGAAGAGCUCGGGAGUACGGAAUCGAAAGCAGCCCCCUCCAACACAUCAAGGGACUUGUGUCUGAACAAGAGGGGGAAGUGCACCUGUGCAGUCUGGAGCUGGCUUUCUCUUUACAUGGCUUUGGACAGCAGUGGUGCUGCAGCCUCUGGUUCUUGAGAGGUCAAUAACGAAACUGUAUUACGUAUUGUGCCCUGUUAAUCUCCAUGCAUACGGUCAGUAGUGCUCAUGAAACAGUGACCCCUUCUGAAGAGCACUGGUUUGGAGAGGCUCGCUUGAAGAGUAUCUGUUAGGAAACAAGGACACAUCAUCCCAGACCUUCCACUUGUUCUGAUGAAAGGCAACAAUUGCGAGAGAGAUUUAGUGAUUAAAAAGGUUGUCUGUAGGUUGAAUUUGAAAACCAAAACAGGCUUUAAUGACAAUAGCUUGUAAAAUGGGUCAGACUAGUCUUUUCCACAUACCUUCUUUUUGAAAAAAUUAAAUAUGCGUAGCAUUUGGGGUUUGCUAAAUUUGGGACAAGCAUGAUUUUUUUCUAGGGAUCGUCAUGGUCAGUUAAACCCUGAAACAGUGAUGCAAAGCUUCCUUAUCCUUCCGUUUCAGUCGGUUCAGUCAACUCUCAGAUUUUUAACACACAAUUGUUAAAAUUCAUUUUUAAACAAUUCAUUUUUAAACAACAUUCAUGUAACUUCCAAAAUGGGUGUACACAAGGGAAGCUCCCAGCAGUGAGUCCUAGUACAGGCUCAGUCCACCGCAAAUCACAGUCCCUACACCUUCCACAGCAUUCAGAACUGCAAAGAGCUUCUUAUUAAAACUGGUCCAUCUCAGCCACAGUCCCUACACCUUCCACAGCAUUCAGAACUGCAAAGAGCUUCUUAUUAAAACUGGUCCAUCUCAGCCACAGUCCCUACACCUUCCACAGCGUUCAGAACUGCAAAGAGCUUCUUAUUAAAACUGGUCCAUCUCAACCACAGUCCCUACACCUUCCACAGCGUUCAGAACUGCAAAGAGCUUCUUAUUAAAACUGGUCCAUCUCAACCACAGUCCCUACACCUUCCACAGCGUUCAGAACUGCAAAGAGCUUCUUAUUAAAACUGGUCCAUCUCAACCACAGUCCCUACACCUUCCACAGCGUUCAGAACUGCAAAGAGCUUCUUAUUAAAACUGGUCCAUCUCAACCACAGUCCCUACACCUUCCACAGCGUUCAGAACUGCAAAGAGCUUCUUAUUAAAACUGGUCCAUCUCAGCCACAGUCCCUACACCUUCCACAGCGUUCAGAACUGCAAAGAGCUUCUUAUUAAAACUGGUCCAUCUCAGCCACAGUCCCUACACCUUCCACAGCGUUCAGAACUGCAAAGAGCUUCUUAUUAAAACUGGUCCAUCUCAGCCACAGUCCCUACACCUUCCACAGCGUUCAGAACUGCAAAGAGCUUCUUAUUAAAACUGGUCCAUCUCAACCACAGUCCCUACACCUUCCACAGCGUUCAGAACUGCAAAGAGCUUCUUAUUAAAACUGGUCCAUCUCAACCACAGUCCCUACACCUUCCACAGCGUUCAGAACUGCAAAGAGCUUCUUAUUAAAACUGGUCCAUCUCAACCACAGUCCCUACACCUUCCACAGCGUUCAGAACUGCAAAGAGCUUCUUAUUAAAACUGGUCCAUCUCAACCACAGUCCCUACACCUUCCACAGCGUUCAGAACUGCAAAGAGCUUCUUAUUAAAACUGGUCCAUCUCAACCACAGUCCCUACACCUUCCACAGCGUUCAGAACUGCAAAGAGCUUCUUAUUAAAACUGGUCCAUCUCAACCACAGUCCCUACACCUUCCACAGCAUUCACAACUGCAAAGAACUUCUACCCUCAGUGACCAUUAACUGCAUUUGCAAAAUGUGGCAACUAAUGGAUGUCAUGGUCUUAAUCAUGCUUAUGGCAGGGACGCUGGUUUAGUUGCUAUGAGAGAGUAAUGGGUACUGCGUCCUAGCAACCAGCUGCUUGCAUAUGUGCCACAGCGCAAGUAUGCCUUGAGCAUGAGAAUAUGGUGUUUUGGGUAUGAAGUGAAGGAUAUUUAAGAAAUACCUGAUGUCUGCUACUUAUUUUUUAUGUUGCUUUUUGUUUUGUUUUUAAUUCAGGAAGGUAAUGGUCCUAUCUACAGUGGAGUUACAUGCAUGCCGUAGUGGUGUCCUACUGUAUCUGUGAUAUUAAACUAUGUGUCCAUGAUUUUUUAUUGAAUGAUGCAAAAGGCCAUUCCGAAUCUGAAGUACAUAUCAUAAUAUAUUAAGUACUUAAUGUAUUGUUAGGUCCAUAAUCCAAAAUAAAACCUGCUUUCGUUAACACACA